AUGAGGAUUUUAAUUUUAUUGGCGUUUGUAUUGGAAGUGUCUUAUUGUGGUUUAAUCCAGAAGCAGAAACCAUCGGAUCUCUUUGUCCAGACCCUGGCACAAUUCCGUAGGAAAGAGCACCCCACCAAUGCCGAUUUGCUGAAAGUGGCCCUGGCCGCGAAACCCGGUCGGGAAUAUCCCAAUCUACCGGCCAUUCCGGCCGACAGCACCUUCGACUGCGAGAGCGUCGGCCCCGGCUGCCGAAGCUCCUUCCUGCAUGCGACGGGCACCGUCCAGGAACCCGUCCACAGCCGGCAAAAACGCCAAGGCCUCUGGUUCGGCUUCAACGGUCUGCAGUCCAUUUUCGGGACCUCCCCCGUCAGCAAUGUCCCCGCACCGGCGCCGGCUCCCGUGGCCACACCGGCGCCGACACCCGCUCCUACUCCGGCGCCGACCCCGGCACCGGCUCCUGGUCCUACCCCAGCUCCCGCACCUGGACCUACUCCCGCACCCGGACCCGGUCCCACUCCGGCUCCCGGAUCUGGUCCGGCACCAGGACCCGGUCCCGCUCCAGGCCCCGGGCCCGCUCCCGGUCCCGGCGUUUCGCCGCCACCAGGCAGCAUGCCCCCGCCACCACCAGGCAGCCAGCCACCGCCACCGGUUACCACUUCCAGUUCCGUGGAGGUGACCACCCAAUGCGACUGCUGUAUCGCCAGUUUUGCGGCGGAGGCUAUCGCCCAGUAUGCCAACGAGACCAUUGCCCUUGCUGCCGGCACCCCGGUGCAGGCGCAAGUGGCCGCCUUUGCCGCCAUCGCCAAUGCCGCGUUCCAGGCCGCCCUGGCGGCCGAAACCUCCAAACCCGCGGAUAUCGCCGCGGCCAACGGGCGGCAGCCCUGGCGUCGGCCUUUAACCUGGUGGCCAGCGUUAAAUGCCGUGGAUAAAGCGUGUUCCUUGUGGUAUUUUUUUAUACUAAUUAUUUUUUUACAUUUUCCGAUUUACAUUUAUACCACCAGCAUUGGUUAGAUUUAAACGCGAUUAUGUUUGUAUUAAUAGAUGGUUUCUAAAGCUAGGGUAGAAAAAUUUGCUAGUCACCCAUGUCAGAAGCCAUAACAACGGCUGCGACAAACAACGGACAAAAGUGCCAAAGAUUCGGUAAUUAAAGCGUAAUUUAAGCCGUGAGGAAAAUAAAAAUG